AAUGAAUCUAUAAUACCAAUAUUGCAAAACAGUAUGAUGAACGAAAUUAUUUAAGAAAUUUGUAAUACAAUUUAGAAAUCUGGUCAAACAUUAUCUUUUUCAUUUAUUACCAUUUCACAACUCUAUUUCACAUAUUUAUGUUUGUCAGUAACGAUAAGUAGUUCGUCUCAUGUGUUUCAAAUCGUACAUUUAUUUUUUUGUAGGUAUUAUUUCUUUCGAACCAUGUAUAAAAAUUUAACAAUAGAUUUUAGUCGGACAUCUAUAUAUUUAUGCCCAUUAAGAUGGAAAAGUACCGUAAAAAGAAUCGAUAAGAUACUGAUAGCAAAUAGAGGUGAAAUUGCUUGUAGAAUAAUACGAACCGCCAAAAAGAUGGGCAUUAAAACUGUAGCUGUGUUUAGUGAAGCUGACAAAAAUGCAUUACACGUUGCUUUAGCUAACGAAGCGUAUGAAAUUGGGCCUUCUCCAUCAUCACAAAGUUAUUUGAAAGGCAGAACCAUUAUAGAGACCGCUAAGAAGUUCAACUGUCAAGCAGUUCAUCCAGGUUAUGGAUUUCUUUCAGAAAAUGUUGAAUUUGCUGAGGAUUGUCAAAAAGAAGGUGUGAUUUUUAUAGGCCCUCCUGCAUCUGCCAUUAGGGAUAUGGGUAUAAAAAGCACGUCCAAAUUAAUUAUGUCAAAAGCUGGAGUACCUAUUAUAGAAGGCUAUCAUGGUGAGGACCAAAGUGUGGAUAAUCUAAAAAAUGAAGCACGAAAAAUAGGAUUUCCUGUAAUGAUAAAGGCUGUAAGAGGGGGAGGUGGUAAAGGUAUGAGAAUUGCCCGUUCGGAAGAGGACUUUGAAGAAGCUCUAGAAUCAGCGAGAACGGAGUCUCAGAAGGCGUUUUCUGAUUCCGUGGUCUUGCUGGAAAAGUUUGUAGAGGAGCCGCGACAUGUGGAAGUCCAAGUUUUUGCCGACGCGCAUGGCAACGUCGUUCAUUUAUAUGAACGAGACUGUUCUGUACAAAGGAGGCAUCAAAAGAUCAUAGAAGAGGCACCAGCCCCUGGUUUGUCAUGGGAAGUAAGAAACGAAUUGGGUGCUGCGGCUGUCAGAGCUGCGCAAGCUGUCGGGUAUUUAGGAGCGGGAACAGUUGAAUUUAUACUGGAUAGAAAAGCACAUAAUUUUUAUUUUAUGGAGAUGAACACUAGACUGCAAGUAGAACAUCCAAUUACAGAAAUGAUAACAGGUACUGAUCUGGUAGAAUGGCAGAUAAAAGUUGCAUCUGGAGAAGAACUUCCAGUGAAACAGAAAGACAUUCCGUUGCGAGGUCAUGCAUUCGAGGCUAGAAUCUACGCAGAAGAUCCUCAAGGGGGAUUUCUACCAGGAGCGGGACCAUUGGAAUACCUAAAAACUCCUUUGCCAUCUGAGGAUGUCAGAAUUGAAACAGGUGUACGACAAGGUGAUGAUGUUUCUGUAUUUUACGAUCCUAUGAUAGCAAAAUUAGUGGUAUGGGGCAAUGAUAGAUUUGAAGCACUUUCCAAGUUAAAAGUUAAAUUGUUGGAAUAUAAUAUAGCAGGAUUGGAAACAAAUAUAAAUUUCUUACUGGAUUUGGCGAACCAUGGUGAAUUUGAAGCAGGCAAUGUUCACACUAACUUCAUCAAAGAUCACGAAGAUACUUUAUUUAAAAAUGUUGCACUUAACGAGGUACAACUAAUUCAAGCUGCUACAUCUAUAGUUCUACUGGACAAACUGGAUGAACUGAAGGUGGCUAGUUUCAAAAACGACAGCUUCAAUCCGUUUACUGUCGAAGCCAAUUUUAGGGUUAACUAUCACCAUAUUAGAAAUAUUCAAUUGCAGUUUGAUGAUAAGGAAUACAAUAUUAAAAUUAAAUUCCUAAAUAAGCAAGGAGAAUAUGAGGUCUCUUGCGACAAUGGAAUCACUUGGACGCAAGUCAGUGCUAACCUCGAUACCAAAAAUAAUGAGAACGUUUUAGUGUCUUCGAUAAAUGGUCACAGAAGUAGGAUAAAUGUAUUCCGGAAUAGUGACAUACUAGCAGUUUUUGAUAAGAUAAAAAACCAGAUUUGGUAUGUUAGUAAAAUGGAAAAACCCAAUUUGUCAUACCACACAUAACAUAUUCUACUGAAGAUGAUGCAUUGGCUUCUAGUAGUGGUAAUAAGGCAGUAGCUCCAAUGCCUGGAAUUUUAGACAAAUUACUGGUAAAAGUAGGAGAUAAAGUUAAGAAGGGAGACUCACUUUUCGUCCUGAUUGCUAUGAAAAUGGAGUAUGUUGUUAAAGCAACUCGUGAUGCAACAAUCUCGAAUAUCAGUUUCAAUAUUGGCGAUAGCGUCUUGAAGGAUGCUGCUGUUAUACAAUUUGAUGAAGCUGAAGAAAGCGCUUAAUAAUUUUUUGAAUUAUUGGCAAAUAUAUUU